GAGUGUGUGUGUGUGUGUGUGUGAGAACUGAAGUUAACAUUGGAUACACAUAUGCGCCUGCAUCAGCAACACCAGCAGCAGCGGCAUCACCACUCCACCCCUGUACAUGCUGAAUAUUGUUUAAAUUAAAAAGAAAAAAGGAGGAGGGUUUCGUCGUAGCUUUCCGACUGGAUUCUCCCAUUCUCCUUCCAAUCUCCAAGGGCUUACGCCGCUGGUUCAUUGGCUUUGUCGAUUAAGUCUUGCAACACCGCCUCUGUCUCUUGCUUAAGCUCUCGUUCGCUCUCUUCGGCUCCACUCCUGUCGUUCCUUUCCUAAACCCUAACUUACCUUCCCGCCAAUACCUAGGUUAGGGUUUCCCCAGGGAAAGAGUUACCACUUGAUUUAUUCGAUCUCUGUUAUGAGUUGCAAUCCGAAAUUCGUCCGAUUAGGGCAGGGUUAACAGGGUUUCUGUGUCAGAGAGAGAGAGAGAGAGAGAGAAGGGGGUUGGUGUGAUUCCUUGAAUUUGAAUGGCAUUGGGUGAUUCGAUGGCUUCUAGAUUUUCGCAAUCAUCUAUGGCCUUGGCGGUGGUGUCCAAUCAUCUCGAGGAGUUAAAUAUUAGCACUAGUACUACCGGUAAUAAUAGCAUUAAUCAUGAGGAUGGUGAGAGGAGUGUUAGGGAUUCGGAAACUGCUAGUAGUAGUUAUGUUGCUGUGGCGAUGACGACGACAAGCAUGGCCUAUUUGCCUCAGACCCUGGUACUAUGUGAGCUCCGGCAUGACGCUUUUGAGGGUUCCUUGCCCUCUGGCCCGUCUGACAGUGGCUUGGUCUCCAAAUGGCGGCCUAGGGACCGGAUGAAGACGGGAUGUGUUGCCCUUGUUUUAUGUUUAAACAUUAGUGUUGAUCCACCUGAUGUAAUAAAGAUAUCUCCUUGUGCCCGGAUGGAGUGCUGGAUUGACCCUUUUUCAAUGGCACCUCAAAAAGCGCUUGAAACAAUUGGAAGAACCUUAAACCAACAGUACGAGAGAUGGCAGCCUAGAGCUCGCUACAAGAUCUCUUUAGAUCCCACUGUGGAUGAAGUCAAGAAACUUUGUACAACUUGUCGUAAAUAUGCCAAGUCAGAGAGAGUUUUGUUUCACUAUAAUGGGCAUGGAGUUCCAAAACCAACGGUCAAUGGAGAAAUAUGGCUUUUCAAUAAGAGCUAUACACAGUAUAUUCCAUUACCUAUUGGUGACUUGGAUUCUUGGCUGAAGACACCUUCAAUAUAUGUCUUUGACUGCUCUGCUGCUGGGAUGAUUGUCAAUGCCUUUGUAGAGCUUCAGGACUGGACUGCUGCUGCUUCUGCUUCUUCUGGUCCUUCUGCUAGGGAUUGCAUUUUGCUUGCAGCCUGUGAAGCACAUGAGACUCUUCCUCAAAGUGCUGAAUUUCCGGCUGAUGUGUUUACUUCCUGCCUUACAACUCCCAUAAAAAUGGCAUUGAGAUGGUUUUGUACUCGUUCUUUGCUUCGUGAGUCUCUAGAUUAUUCACUUAUAGAUAGAAUUCCUGGCCGGCAAACUGAUCGGAAGACGCUUCUUGGAGAAUUGAAUUGGAUUUUUACAGCAGUGACAGACACAAUUGCCUGGAAUGUUCUCCCACAUGAUCUUUUCCAGAGAUUGUUCAGGCAAGAUCUAUUAGUUGCGAGUCUGUUCCGUAACUUUCUACUUGCGGAGAGAAUCAUGCGCUCUGCCAAUUGUUCACCACUUUCGCAUCCCAUUUUGCCGCCGACCCAUCAACAUCAUAUGUGGGACGCUUGGGAUAUGGCUGCUGAAAUAUGCCUUUCUCAGCUUCCAACUCUUGUUGAGGACCCUAAUGCAGAAUUCCAGCCUAGUCCAUUCUUUACGGAGCAAUUAACAGCUUUUGAGGUGUGGCUUGAUCAUGGAUCCGAUCUUAAAAAACCACCUGAACAGCUGCCAAUUGUUCUUCAGGUUUUACUUAGUCAAUGUCAUAGGUUCCGUGCUUUGGUGCUCCUUGGAAGGUUUCUGGAUAUGGGAUCUUGGGCUGUGGAUUUGGCCUUAUCUGUUGGAAUAUUUCCUUACGUUUUAAAGCUCUUGCAAACAACUACUCCUGAACUUAGGCAAAUUCUUGUGUUCAUUUGGACAAAGAUUCUUGCGCUUGAUAAGUCUUGCCAGGUUGAUCUCGUGAAGGAUGGUGGACAUGCAUAUUUCAUUAGAUUUCUUGACAGUGUUGAAGCUUACCCAGAGCAACGUGCAAUGGCUGCAUUUGUUUUGGCUGUCAUUGUAGAUGGUCACAGACGAGGUCAGGCCUGUAUUGAAGCUGGUUUGAUACAUGUAUGCUUGAGGCACCUUCAGGUUUCAAGUCCAGGUGAUUCACAAACUGAACCACUAUUUCUUCAGUGGCUGUGCCUAUGUCUUGGGAAACUAUGGGAAGAUUUUGCAGAGGCACAAACCAUGGGUGUGCUGGCAGAUGCCUCUGCUGUAUUAGCACCUCUACUUUCUGAGCCCCAACCUGAGGUUCGAGCUGCAGCUGUUUUUGCUCUGGGCACUGUCCUCGAUGUUGGGUUUGACACAUCAAGAGAUGGUGCUGGGGGUGAGGAAGAUUGUGAUGAUGAUGAAAAAGUUAGGUCUGAGGCCAGUAUUGUCAAAAACCUUCUGAAUGUUGUUUCUGAUGGAAGUCCUUGGUUCGUGCUGAGGUUUGAAGUUGGUUUAUCAUUUAACUCAUUUGCAGCUCUAGCUCGUUUUGCCUUUGGCCACAACAAGCACCUGAAAUCUGUUGCUGCUGCAUACUGGAAGCCUCAGCCUAACUCUGUGCUUGCUGCCUUGCCUGCGUUUGCAGUCAAGGGUUCAGGUAGUGGCUAUACGACUCCAACACAAUACAUGCCUCAUGGAAGUAUUGUUCCAUCUGCAGUUUCUCCUUUGCUCAGAGUUGGGGAAAACAGCCAGCCUGUAGUUCGUGAUGCAAGAGUGUUUACCAGUAGCCCCCUUGCAACAUCUGGAAUCUUGCAUGGCUCUCCUCUCUCUGAUGAUUCAUCUCAGCAUUCUGAUUCUGGCAUAGUGGCUGACUCCAUUACCAAUGGGGUAGUUAACCAUGCAAGGCCUAGACCUCUUGACAAUGCACUCUAUUCACAAUGUGUGUUGGCUAUGUGCACUCUGGCCAAAGAUCCAUCGCCACGAAUCGCCAGUCUUGGUCGUCGAGUAUUAUCUAUUAUUGGCAUUGAAUCGGUGGUUGCAAAAUCAGUGAGGUCUACUCCUGGUAAUGCCCAGCCUAGUGAAUCCAUGGCUAAUGCCAGCACUAGUCUCACUGGACUAGCUCGGUCAUCAUCAUGGUUUGAUAUGAAUGGAGGGCAUUUGCCUCUCACGUUUAGAACACCUCCAGUUAGCCCUCCUCGGCCUAGUUACUUGACAGGAAUGCGGAGAGUGUAUUCCUUGGAGUUUAGACCACAUCUAAUGAAUUCUCCAGAUUCUGGAUUAGCUGAUCCACUUUUGGCAACAGCUGGACCUUCUGGAGCUUCAGAACGCAGUUUUCUUCCACAGUCUACGAUCUACAAUUGGAGUUGUGGUCACUUCUCAAAGCCUCUUCUUACAGCUACUGAUGAUAGUGAAGAGAUUAUUGCCAGAAGAGAAGAGAGAGAAAAGCUGGCUUUGGACCGUAUUGCAAAAUGCCAACAUUCUGCUGUGAACAGACUACGUGAUCAAAUUGCCAGUUGGGAUGCAAAAUUUGAGACAGGCAAAACUGGUUUGCUGCAGCCCUUUUCUCCAGUCGUGGUUGCUUCAGAUGAGAGUGAGACAAUCAGAAUCUGGAAUUACGAGGAAUCUACACUACUGAACAGUUUUGAGAAUCAUGAUUACCCUGACAAAGGAAUUUCAAAGCUGUGUCUUGUGAAUGAACUUGAUGAGAGCUUGCUGCUUGUUGCUUCAAGUGAUGGAAAUGUCCGGAUUUGGAAGGAUUAUACUUCAAAAGGUCAACAAAAACUGGUUACUGCACUCUCUUCGAUUCAAGGUCACAGGCCAGGCGUGCGGAGUGUGAAUGCAGUAGUCGAUUGGCAACAGCAGUCUGGAUGUCUGUUUGCUUCGGGUGAAGUGUCAUCUAUCAUGGCAUGGGAUCUGGAUAAGGAGCAGCUUGUAAAUAAUCCAUUAUCCUCAGAUUGCAGCAUUUCAGCACUGUCUGCUUCUCACAUUCAUGGGGGCCAGUUCGUGGCUGGUUUUUCGGAUGGAUUUGUGAGAUUAUAUGACACUCGGACACCUGAAAUGUAA